AUGAAAAGAACCGGCCCCAACCACCGGAAAUCAAAAGUCGCUCGUAUUCCAGAUACUGGAUACACUGGGCAUGUGACUUCUCCUGGAGAAACAGUAUCGUCUGUUGAAAACUUCAAUGACUUCUACAAUAACUAUGUCAAGGCACGAAAACCGGUAAAGAUCACCGGAACUACCAACCAUCCUGUCGACUUGAAGAAGCUUCGUGUGGAUACAAUUGUCAAUACGCUUGGCUAUCCAGAUAAGUUGCAAGUGGAGCGCAAACAUGGCUACGGUUUUGGGCUGGGACUGACCAGGGAGCUCAUGACAAUGAGUCUGAUUGUUGAGAAGUUGGCCCUGGGCGACGACACUUACUACUUGACAACCCAAUAUGACAGUCACGACGUAGAGGACGAAGAUGCCACCGGAAAGGACGGGUCUGAAGCUCUAGACCAAGGCUCAGAUGACAAUGGAGGGGAGGAAGAGGAGAAGCAGGACAACGAUAAUGAUGACGACGAUGACGACGACGACGAAGUUGGAAGUUUUGGAGAUUCCGCAGAUUUUGAUGGUUCUGAAAAUUUCGAAGUUGCUAGAAUUUCCACAAACGGAGUAUCUCCAGAUUCAGAUAAAAUCGACCCGCAUGCUAUCCAAACCAUUGCACACGUUGAAUCCGAUUCUGACGACGAAGACCUUGCGAACCAACUCGAGGCUUUCUCCAAUGGUGACAUUCAUGACGACUUUGAAGAAGACUUUGAAGACGACGAUAACGACAUCAGUUCGGACUCCGACUCCAUUGAAAACUACGCAGACCCCGAAAAUAAACUCACCGCAGACGACAUUGAAUUCCGGGUCCGGACGCUUCUUCAACCUCCUCUCACCACGCUAGCUCAUGACGAAACAUUCCCAAUCAGCCCCGCCCCGUUUAACAAAUUGGUGACGCAACAAAUCAAUUUGUGGAUGGGUGCUUCACUGGACAACCCUGCCAAGCCAGACUUGCUUCGUCCCAGUCGUCACAACUUGCGCAAGUACGUUCCAUCCGGUAACUCGUCUGGACUCCACCACGACCAUGCAGACAAUUUGUAUGUUUUGACAGAAGGCAGAAAGCGGUUCACGCUCUACUCACCUGCUGAUGCUCACACUCUUUACACUGUUGGUAACAUCAACAAGGUAUACGGAAACGGGCUUGUGGAUUACAAAGUGAACAAACAUGCGCCUCACUGGCGGCAUAUGCGGGAGGACGGUGCCAUCAUCGGAGAACAUGCGAGAUGGAUGUUAGAGAAGGAUGAAUGUAGUGGCGAUAUGCGGGCUCAGCUCAUGGAUGCACUCGUCAACGAGGAGGUGUACAAUGGAACUAGCCCUGACAAGCUAGAUCCUCCCAGCUUCUCUACAGUCCCUCCCAUUUUAGCCCAUUUAGAUGAAUUGACGGACAAAGAAGAGAUCGACGCGCUUACUGCCUUUGCAAACAAAGAAUUUCCCGGUUUCCUACAACUUAAUAAGAUGGAGGUGUGGCUAGAACCUGGAGAUAUGCUUUAUCUUCCGUGUGGCUGGUUUCACGAGGUGACGAGCUAUUCCUCAGAACUGGGCAGUGCCCAUAUUGCUUUGAACUGGUGGUUCAUGCCUCCUGCUACUUCAGAGGAUACUCCUUACCAGGAUGACUACUGGAAGGAGGAUUUUACUAAGACGCUUGGAGCGAUCCAGUAUGUGAAAGACCAUGGCACCUAG